AGAGAGAAGGCACCUGCACGGCAGGGGCAGGAACUCCCCCCCGUGCUGGCUGAGGUUCUUGUCCCGUCACUCAAGGUCGGCGCAUCCUUUGGCGCGUGUGGUCUAUUUGCCGGAGCCGCGGCUGGCAUCAUCCGUUCUGCGCCUCCCGUUCUCUUCUCGGCUGUUGCAGGAGUGCAGUGGUUCACCCUAGCUUCUAGCUACUACGCGUCCAGGCAGGUGGGCUUGAAAUAUCUUGGCGCCGACGAGCCCACGCCUCGAGACAAAUUGAAGGCGAGCACCGUGGCAGGCGGUGUCGCCGGAACACUGGGCGGCUUGCUACGUGGCCCCAGAAAUGUCAUCCCGGGUGCUGUGAUGUUCUCAUUAUUUGGAGCUGGGGGCCAAGCCAUCGCCAACUGGCGGGCCGAGAGGGUCGCGAAUGCCCCCCCAGCUCCGCAAGAGGGGUUCUGGUCAAGAUGGAGCCCCGUUACUCCAAUCUCCGACCAAGACUACGAGAAGAUACUUGAGGAACGGUUGCUUCGUGUAGAAGCCGAUAUCGCCCUUAUAAACGACCGCAUCCAGGAGCUCCGCGAGGCUGAAAGCCGGAAA